AUGCACCUCGGAACACCCCGCGUGCUGUACGGGCGAUAAUGAUGACGUCAAUGACGUCACCGACCAAUCAGCGUUCUCGGCUGUGUCCGACGCCGCGCCCCAUUGGCCAUGGAGACUGCGCGACACUACGACGUGUACGCGAGCACGUGCCAGGGCUCGAAUUCACCUGACGUCAGUGAGCCGGCCGCGACCGACCGUCUAAAUGGCGUCGAUCUCGUUCGGAAAUCGUCAGUGUUGGCUCCGCGCUCCACCAAGACGGGCACACAGGCGCACCGUGCCACUAUAUACACGUCGAUCGACCAAACCGCGAGCCGCCACAACCGCAACGUGCUGCAGCCAUGGCCCUGCUGGAAGAAGGAUUCCGAUACCUGUCCUCCCUCGCCGACCCCCGGGUCCAGGGUUGGCCCAUGGUCGACAGCCCGAUCACCGUGAUCAGCGUCGUGGCCGUGUACGUCUCGUUCGUGACUACGGUGGGCCCACACUGGAUGCGCGACCGUAAGCCCUACAACCUCAAGCCCCUGAUUAUGGCGUACAACCUGGCCAACGUCAUCGCAAGCGCCUACUUCGCCGUCCAGUUCUUUCGGCACACGUACUUCGGUGGUGGCUACAACUGGGCCUGCCAACCGGUGGACUACUCUGACAACCCGAAAGCUGUGGCGCUGACACACCUCGUCUGGUGGUACCUGUUGCUCAAGAUCGCUGACUUGCUGGACACCGUCUUCUUCGUGCUCACCAAAAAGCAGAGCCACGUUACUGUGCUGCACGUCGCCCACCACGCCAUGGUUGUGUGCACCGUGUGGCUCGUGCUGAAGUACGCCUGCGGCGGAAACAACAUGCUGACGGGGGCCGUCAACAGUUGUGUGCACGUCAUCAUGUACGGCUACUACUUCCUUUCCCUGCUAGGCCCCUCGGUGCAGAAGUACCUCUGGUGGAAGCGCUACAUCACCCAGAUACAGCUCAUCCAGUUCGUUGGUCUCGUGGCGCACGCCAUCUCGCCUCUAUUCGUGCGAUGCGGCUUCCCCGUCUUCUUCAGCUGGCUAUGCAUCAGCGAGUGCAUUUUCUUCUUCGUCAUGUUCUACCGGUUCUACCGCAACAGCUACAAAAAGCUAGUCAAGGAUUGUUAGUGCCCAGUCAAGCUAUACUCGAAUCACUUCAGCAGGGACCAUUGCCGACCGCACAAGGCAACCGACUGUCUUUCCUGGGAUGUUCAAGUGACCGUGCAAUCUGCGAGCAUCACAGCUCGCAACACUUGUCCAUUUGUUGGCUGUCGUGAGCGUUUUCUCGGACAGAUCAAGGUACGGAGUGUGUUAACGCAUGUACCGGGCGUUCGGUGGUGUCAGAAGGAGCGACGCUCAAGCAAGCAUACACCUCCACCCAUGGAGGACAGAGACUGUGGGAAGAUGACGAAAUCUCCGCACACGCCUGAAAUUGCACAGACGCAUCUACAUCGAUGGGAUCGUUCGUCUUCACACCGAAGGUUGUCCCGUGCAUGCACGCAUACAUACUCCAGGACUUUAUGUACUACGACUACAAUUCGCAAGAUAACGCGACAGGCGGCGAAAGCAGGCGGCGGCGGCUGAAGCGCUUGUAUUGCACAUACGACGUGCCAGGCACAAGCGUUGACGAGGCUUUUUAGUUGUUAUUUUUUUUUUUCUUAUUUUCGUUUGCCGAUUCUUUUUUCCCUCUCUUUCUUUCAUUUACGCGAGCGCGAUCCGCGUUCCCAUUUCGGUCUCGCUUCGAAGACGGCCUCCCGUUAUUUGUUUUCAUUGCCACUAUCGUCGCUUCGUCGGCCCAGACACGCAGGAUUUUACUCUCGCGCCCCUCACCACCCCUUCCCCUCUGCCCCCCUCGCCGACGCUUUCUACCAAUACGUCCUCUUGUCAUAGGCGCCAUUUGCGUAAAAGUCAAGCUGACUGUCCUUCUGCGGCGUACAACAGUUAGUUGACUCAUGGUUCCCAGGAGAAAAAAAGAAAGAGAAUAGUACUUACGACUCCGGAAGACACGGUCUCGACGACAACGGGGAACGUGCAGGGCCCCAUUGAAUAAGGUCGUGAGUGAGACCCUGCCGACGGUGGGGAGAUUGGUAUCGGCGCUUACGGGAUUUCUGAAAGGUCGAGCGGUCACAGACCAUCGUCUUCGCCUCGCAAGUCAAUCUGCCGCUCGCGAAAACAAUGCGAGGUCGAGCAGCAGCGAAACGCCGCAUAUCCGUCCUACGGGGAAACGGCGAGGCGCCGUAUCAAGGAACGACGUUACCUCGUGUUUCCAAUGGGCGAAUCAUUUACCCUCCCUGUCCGCCGUCUUCGUGCUAAUACUAGUCCUAACGGCAAGAAUGAUGACACAGUGCGAUGGAUUUUAGAUUGCACGAAUUAAAGUAAUGAAAGCGUGUAAAUUUUGCUCGUUAAGUUCGCGUUACUUCAACGACGGAAGCCUGGUUUAAAAAAAAAGGUUAAAAAGCAGCCGUGACGAAAGCAAAUGUCUUUCGAUGUGACUCGCUGAUGAGGGUGCACACGCUGUUCCUUAGCGCGCGUCGGGACCAGCACCUCCAACACUCUUAUGAUGACAAAAGCUUGUAAAAUAUAAACUAUGCUUGCUCGGAGAGCAAUCGGCAGUAUAAUGCGAGACCGCUUUCGUACUGGCCACGUCGUCCUCGCGCAUUGAGCCGUGCCCUGAUUAUGCCGCCUGCGCUCCAUGUGAUAUUUUGUCCACGGUCGUCGACCGCAACGUGUAUGGACAUACCUCGAAUGCUCAAUUUGAGCAGCUUUGUAUAGGAAUGUUUGUAUUUUGAUUGCCAUUUUUAUUCUGAAGCGCACUUGAGUCUCUAGCGAGCCUAUUUCGAGGCUGUGUACAGUAUAACGCAGACUCGCAAGCGCGUUCCAAUCACUGAUAGAAGGUUUUACUCCACAAUCGAGUUCGUCUUCCUAUGCGUACUCGCUCUCAUCAAACAUUUUUAUCCCUACCUAUUUAUUUUCCUUGUUGCCUUACACCUUUUUAAUCUGUACAUAAAUCGUGUUUGCCUAUUUGAUUGGCUUUGUAUUGUAUUGAACCACGAGAGAAUGAAUGUUGAUUUAUUUUUAUAUUGAAUCAUGUCAUCAUGCUGAAUUAAAAGAACGUUGAAGAUCCAGAGA